GGGGAGCGCAGCCACGUCCGGGGGUGACAGCGAGGGCUGAGAGGCGGCCGCAGCCCCUCCUCAGAGCCACUCAGCAUCCGCAGCGAGCGCGGCAGGCGCCGCAGGAGCCGCAGCCAUGAACGGCACCGAGGGGCAGGACUUCUACGUGCCCAUGUCCAACAGGAGCGGGGUGGUGCGCAGCCCCUUCGAGUACCCUCAGUACUACCUGGCUGAGCCCUGGAAGUUCUCGGCGCUGGCUGCCUACAUGUUCAUGCUGAUCCUGCUCGGCUUCCCCAUCAACUUCCUCACCCUCUACGUCACCAUCCAGCACAAGAAGCUGCGGACGCCUCUGAACUACAUCCUGCUGAACCUGGCGGUCGCCGACCUCUUCAUGGUGCUGGGAGGCUUCACCACCACCAUGUACACCUCCAUGAAUGGCUACUUUGUCUUCGGGGUGACAGGCUGCUACAUCGAGGGCUUCUUCGCCACGCUGGGAGGUGAAAUCGCUCUCUGGUCGCUGGUGGUCCUGGCUGUCGAGCGGUACGUGGUGGUCUGCAAGCCCAUGAGCAACUUCCGCUUCGGGGAGAGCCACGCGGUCAUGGGCGUCGCCUUCUCCUGGAUCAUGGCGCUGGCCUGCGCCGCUCCCCCGCUCUUUGGAUGGUCCAGGUACAUCCCCGAGGGCAUGCAGUGCUCCUGUGGGAUCGACUACUACACACUGAAGCCGGAGGUCAACAACGAGUCCUUCGUCAUCUACAUGUUCGUGGUGCACUUCAUAAUCCCCCUGACCGUCAUCUUCUUCUGCUAUGGCAACCUGGUUUGCACUGUCAAGGAGGCUGCUGCCCAGCAGCAGGAGUCUGCCACCACGCAGAAGGCAGAGAAGGAGGUGACUCGCAUGGUCAUCAUCAUGGUCAUCGCCUUCCUGAUCUGCUGGGUGCCCUACGCCAGCGUCGCUUUCUACAUCUUCACCAACCAGGGCUCAGACUUCGGGCCCAUCUUCAUGACCCUCCCGGCCUUCUUUGCCAAGAGCUCUGCCAUCUACAACCCUGUGAUCUACAUCGUGAUGAACAAGCAGUUCCGUAACUGCAUGAUCACGACCCUGUGCUGCGGCAAGAACCCGCUGGGUGACGAGGACACCUCUGCUGGCAAGACAGAGACCUCCUCGGUCUCCACCAGCCAGGUCUCUCCUGCCUAGGCGCCGCUGGAGCGGCCGAUCCCGGGGAGCGCGGCGCCGCCCGGGGAGCGCGGAGCCGCCCCCGCCGCUCGCCAGCACCGGGCCGUGGUCCGGGGAGGGCUCCUCUCCCCCGGCGUAGCCCCCAGGCAGCAGGCUGCACCUGCACACCUUUGUAAUUAACACAAAGGCUUUAGCCCCUGGCCGGGCGGCUCCGUGCUCCUCUCUCCAUCUGCUGAGAGUUCUGCCCCCUGCCCUGGCGCCUGCCGGACGCGAGUGAGGCCAUGGCAGAGCCACCUUCACCAUCCUCACCUCUCCACCCGCUAGGGCCUGGGGCACAUCCCUGCUCCCACCUCAGGGGCUAGAGCUGGGGUCACUCUAGAGGCGGAGCCUGGCCAGUGCCACCCAGCUGCUUGGUCCCGAUGUGCUUCCAGCUGCCUGGAGGCAAGUCUGGCUGCUUCGAGGUGCCCCCAGCCCUGCCAGGUGCUCCCAGCUCCAGCCCUGCCCCACCUCCAGUCUGUCAGAAGAUGCGGGAGGCACUGUCACCCUUGCACGGGGGAUGGGACAGGGCAGCAGUGUACAUGGGCCCCUCCGGGCCACAGAGGUGCUGGCUGCAGAUCCUGCCCAGCAAGCAGGUGGCACAGAGGGGACCUGGUGGC